UUCGGAUCUCCGUCGGAAGGUAAAUAGCUCAUCUCAGCUAGCUGUUGUUUAUCACAGCUGCAACAUCCGUCGCUGUCAGCCUAUCUAUUCAUUAAUGUCCAUUUAAAAAUGUAGCUUACUAUUAUAUGUUUGCCCACAAUCAUCAUUGGAACCGAUAAAUGUGAGGUUUUGACUCACUGAUGUUAUCUAAACUCCCAAAUGCCUCGGAAAUCAGUAGGUGGACCUGGUCCAUCUCAAAGGGCGCAUAAUGUUGCCAAGGCACUGGCACACUUCUCAAAGGAAAAUUUUUCUUAGAAUUUAUUUCUGUUAACGCAUUUUAAUGCUUCUCUUCACUAUCGGUCUCAAGUGCUAGUUUGUCCCCACUACAUAAAACCGCAGCCGUGUAACAAUGCUGUUUUCUCUGCGAGAGCUGGUGCAAUGGCUAGGCUUUGCCACGUUCGAGCUGUUCCUCCACCUGGGUGCGCUGCUGGUCUUCAGCGUGUUAGUGGCACUGCACAUGGAUGUAGACAAGAAGACUUUGGAGAUGAGCUGGUGGCUGGUCUUUUCACCCUUGUUUGCCGCGGAUGGCCUCAGCACCUACUUCACGGCCAUCGUAUCUAUCCGCCUCUACCAGGAAGGAGAGAAGCGCCUGGCAGUGCUGCGUUUGCUGUGGGUCCUGACCGUUCUCAGUCUCAAGCUGGUCUGUGAGGUGCUGCUGUGCCAGAAACUGGCUGAACAGGACCAGGCCCGAGACUUGUGGUUCGGUCUUAUCGUCUCUCCGCUGUUCAUUCUCCUACAAUUGCUAAUGAUUCGUGCUUGUCGUGUUAAUUGAUAGUACAAACUGUCCCCAUGCCAAUGGACGUGUAUGAAUCAAAUGGACAUUAAAACCAGGAGCAGCGAAUCAUUGUGACACCAUUUUUAUCUUUUCAAAUACAUUUCUGGCUCAAACGUGUAAACAUGGCAACACUGCAUCAUAUUAAAUGCUUAAAAGUAAUGUGCAAUUUUUGAUUUGUUAUUAUUAUUGUCUAAAGUGCUUUGAGAGAUUCGAUGUUGAUUUAUCUGUGUUGAUCGCCUUUUAUCGUUGUUUGUAUAAUUGUAAAUAAACCAUUAACAUUCA